UUAUACAAAUAAUAAUAAUUAUAAUAAUAAUAAGCUUGCCCAGCAACAACAAAAAGUACGUGCCCGCGUCCUUGCGCGUGUAAAAUGACCGAAUACGUGACGCCCACUAUAACGAGCGUGCUGAAGAAGUACCAGAACAGUGCCCCAAAAAGUCUGCAGGGUCCAGGACAUACGCUGGCCGUGGCAGCGGCAGCGGCGGCAGCAGCAGCAGCUUCGGGCGUGAAUUGUCCAUUGGAUGCCACCAUUGCUGGCAAUGGCAUUAGUGAUUUAGUCGCGGUCGCCCAAACUUCGCUAACCAAUGGCAAGAUUCAAGGGCAGGGGCAGGGACAGGGUCAGGUGGUGCCACCGGCUGUGGCGCUAAUCAAAAAGGAGAUCUUAAGCUCACCCGAACCGCAUGAUAUGCUAGAUACACAGAAUGCUGCAGUGCAGCAGUCCAAUCCAUCAGUUGUGGUUGCCACAGGGGUUGGUUCAAGUGCCGCACCAGGUGUGGCACCGCCGCCAGCACCACCACCACAAAUUUAUCCGCCCCCACCGCCGGAAUUGUCACAGCCCAUACUCUCAGUGGCCGAUUCCGGUUCUGGGGAGCUCUACGAGACGCGUCUGGAGGGCAAAACCAUUGGCUGCUUCUCGCUGGGUGGCGAGAUGCGUCUGUGUCUGCCACAAUUCCUCAACAAUGUGCUCAACGAUUUCUCAUUGGAGCAAAUCAAUCGGAUCUUUGAUGAGUUGGGCAUCUACUGCUCCCAAUGUACGCCCGAUCAGCUGGUGGAGUUCAAGGCCGCCAAAAUACUGCCCUCGGAUGUGAAGGCGAGUGGUCUGAUUACACGCACCGAUGCGGAGCGCUUGUGUGCAGCACUGCUGCAUCGUUCAGAUCGGAAUAGCUAUAUACCCGUCGAGAAUUUGGCAAAGGGCGCCCUCUCCUUCCACGUCUACCACAAAUGCUUUGGAAAAUGUGAGGGUAUCUGCACUCCGGAUAUGUAUUCGUAUCAGAAGCCGACGUGCAUCAAGUGCCUCGAGUGUGACGGUUGGUUCUCGCCCCAGAAGUUCGUGGGGCAUGUGCAUCGCAAGUUCGAGAAUCGCACCUGCCAUUGGGGCUUUGAUUCCCGCAAUUGGCACGACUAUCUCCAUGUGGCGCUCGAUGUCGAGAAUCGGGAGAAAUAUCAACGCAUAUUGGAUCAGCUCAAGGAGGUCGAAUUAAAGGAGACGCACAAGGCGCAACUGGAUCAAAAGAAGCGAAAGGCGGAAAUGCUGUUGGAGGAUCCGUUGCUGGGACCGCCAGGAUUGGCGCCACCGCCAUCCCAUCAAACGCUUCCCGCCAGCAUGAAACAUCAUCGAGCCGAGCUGCUGGACAUUCCAACGAAGAAGCACAAGAGCCUCGAUGUGGCGACUGCCUAUCAUCCGCUGGACAUACAACGCUAUCAACUGAUGUAUGCACAUUGCAUGCAACAGCAGCAGCAGCAACAGCGAGUGGGUCAACAGAUGUCCGCCUUUCGUCCUUGGGGCUCGGCAAAGACACUACUGCAUGCAUACAAUGCAACGGCUGUGGCAGCUUUAUCCUCACUGCCCUACGCCUGUCAGGAGCCCCCGGAGCUGCAGAAUCCGGAGCGUGUGGUGCGCAGCUCGGAUCGCGAGCGUUUCGGAGGCACUUACCAGCCAAAUGUGGCGCUGGCGCCGCGCAAGAGCAUCCUGUGCAAGGAGCGGGACAAGGAUCGCGAACGUGAGCGCAUUGAGCGAGAGCGGGAGCGUGAAAUAGAGCGGCAGCGCCUUCGCGAAAGAGAGCGCGAGCGGGAGCGUGAGAAGGAGCACAGGGAGCGUGAGUUGCGUGAGCUGAGAGAGCAGCAACAAUCAUCGCACGUUCACCACCAACAACAGCAGCAGCAGCAACAGCUGGCACAUCAUGUGACAGAGAGUGAGCUGCACAUAAAGCAGGAGCGGGCCAACACACCGCUGGACAUGCUGCAGAGUCCGCCCGCAAGCAACAACAGUAACAACAACAGCAACUGUAAUGCCAACAAUAAUCACAAUGGACCAAUGGACGAAGAUGCCGCCAUCAUGCCAAUGAUAUCGCCAAUGUCGCUCAGUCUGAGUCAGCAGCAACAGCAGCGCCUUUCCCUACAUACCUCAAGCUCCACGCACUCAACCUCGUCAUCAUCAUCGUCCUCGACGGCUUCAUCCUCGGCCUGUUCCACCACAUCGCCGACAGUUGGUGCCUCAUGCACACCGCCGAAGCCGGUACCCGUGCCCGCUCAUUUGCCGCCCCCGCCUAGCCACAGCCACAGUCACAACUCCCCACAUCAGCUCGCUCAUCAGUCAGCGACGGUGAAGCGUCAUCUCGCCACGCUGCGCACAUCACGCAGUCCCGAAGAGUUCUCGGGAUCCAACGAGAUUACCUCCUCCACAUCGCCAGUGCCACAGGCCAAUAGCAACUGCAACAACAAUGGCAGCAGCAAGCAACAGCAGCAGCAACAUAUUAUUGCCACUGUCAAUCAGCAUGCCAAGCUCCUGCCAACAAGCACCUACCACAGCAGCAGCAACAACAACAACAACAACAGCAGCAACAACCAUAACAGCGGCAGCAAUCAACAGCUUCAUCACAACAACAACAACAGCAGCAACAACAACAGCGACAUGCCAAGCCGCAUAAGGAUCAAUAAGAAUCUGAUGAGUCAUCCACAGACACCGCCGCCUGCAACUCUGCUACCGCCUAGCCAUGUCUACUAUAAGUCGGCGCCGCCACCCCCAGCGUCGCACCAUCUUCAUUCUCAUCCACAGCAACAACAUCACCAUCAUCAGGGCUAUCGCCAGCAGCACUCGCCUACGCAGUCUUCCAGCGCCGGCCUCAAUCUGAGCACGCACUCCUCGAAUGUGGUCAGUAACACCUCGAAGCUCCAGUCACAGGCCAUUCCGCUUCAAAACGGCCAAGGCAAGCCGCAUCUGGGCAGCGAAUUCGAGCUCAGCACGGACACGGAUGACGACAGCCUGAAUGGUGAGCCGGACAGCAGCAACAUGUUGCCACCCUGGGAGAUGGCCGUCGAGGCGUUGCGAGACACACGACCCCGAGAUCGAGAGCGUGUCCUGCAUCUACUACAGCGCCUAUUGCAGGAGAACCAACAAUAUCGGUACAACAACAUACAGUUGAGUGAGCUAGUCCACAAGCAGGACGCGCACAUAGUCGACCUAAGGGAGCAGCUGCAGCGUUGCCGAUGCGAGCUGGAGGCUGUGCUGAAGCUGCAGCAGCGCAAUGGCGAUGCCAGCGAUGUGGCCAGCGUUCGCAGCAAUAGUAGCAGCAAGCCGGACAUGAUGAUUGAGGAGGAGGUCAAUGAAGCGACAACACUGAGAGUGCCAUUGAAACGAACGUUGGAGCAAGUGCAGCAGCCCGCGCAAGUUUAUGUCGAGAACGAGCACGAGGAUGAGGGAGCAGAAGCAGAAGCGGAAGAUGAUGAGCGUGAGGAACGUGAAGAGCGGGAGGAUGAGGAGGAGCGCAUAAACGGCAUGGAUAGCGAUGAGACCAUGACACAAGACAAUGCUGAUAACAACAAUCACGAGGAAAAGUCAACGCAACAAAAUGGACAUCGACGCAGUCCAACGCCUCUGAAUGGCUCCAACCAUGACGAAGAGGAGGAAGAAGAGGAAGAUGAAUCAGUGGCAGAGCCGCAUAUCAAGCGUCUAAAACGACAAAGUCAAGCAGAGGAAGCACCUGAAGCAGCUACAGUAGCAGCAGCAGAGAAAAAUGCUGGCAACACUGAAGCUGCCGCUAAUGAAGAGAAAGCUCUCAAACAGCUGCCGCUUAAAAACAAUGCACAAAAUGGCGGCAUCGAUGAAAGCCAAGGUCAAAGCGACGAAGAGAGCAAUGCCGAACGCAGCGAACUGGACGAGGAAGAAGAUGAUGAAGAGGAUGACGAGGCGGAGGAAGAUGAUGACGAGAUGCAGCAGAGCCAGGAGCAGCAAGUGCAAGCGCCACAUAGCAAUGCUAUUGUCACGCCACCCACAGCGACCACGCCCAUAUCGCCUGACUCGGCAGCAACUGCUGGCCAGUUGUUCGAUAGCAGCAACAGCAGCGAUGAGAGCUCCAUGAAAAAGGCUCAGAUGUCGGCCAGUAAUGCGUUGGCAAAAAUGUCUGCUGCAGAAUCUGAGGAAGGACGACCAGAGAAUGCCAGACACAAUAAUAAUAAUAACAAUAAGAGCAACAACAGCAACAGAAACAGCCACAGCAGCGAUGCGAACAAUGAAAAUGAAGAUUAUGAAGAUGAUGACGAGGACGAAGAAGAUGACGAUGAUGAAGAUGAGGACGAUGAAAUGCCGCUGCAGCAACGUCAGCAACAACAACAGCAACAACAGCGUCGUCAACAACAGAGCCUGAAGGAGCGUCACAACAACUAUGUUAAAAAUGAGACAGUGGCGCCUCCACCUGCUCCAAUCGCUGCAACGACAAAACCAACGCCUACAUCGACGCCUGUGCCUGCAUCGACCCCGUCAGCAGCUGCACCGCGCAUUCUGACGUUGCCCACAAAAGCGAGCAAAAAGCAAACGCCGCCGACAACGAAUUGCGAAUUACAAAUCAACAAAAAGGAGAUUGUCUAGAUUACCGUAAAUCGCAAAUGCAACACAUUGUUAUUUUUAUUCAUUAGCUGUAGUUGUAGCUUAUAGUGCCGUAUCCCAUACACACACACACAUGCCCAAACACAUGCACCCCCUCCCCCUCCACACACUCAACAUAACAAACCAACAAAAAACACACACAUUUUAAUACAAUUUAGCUUAAGUCAUUAGCGCGUAAAUCUUAUUAUACCACUCACUCUCUUUAAGCUUCGCGAUCGAGAAGGAAGAAAGAGAGAGAGAGAGAGAGAGAGAGAGAGAGGGAGGCAACAAAUAUUACGCACAUUUUACAGGCAGCUAUUAACAUCAACCGUUACCCAAAGGGUAUGGGCAUUGGAACUCUGCAACACUGUUAAGCUGCCGAGCCAAAAGAGAGAAUUUCUGUAAAAAGCUUAAACAAUCUGUUAACAUUUCUAUCGCAUCUACUCGUGCUCUGUCUGGUCUGUUCUGCUCUUUUCUACACUCAUAAUGCGCGACUUGAUCUCACGUACAAAACAAAAUGUUUGCCUUUUUUCCAAUUCAAUUUUUUCGUUUCUUUUUUCUUUUGUUUAUAUUCCCUUUAUAUCUGCAUUUUACUUUCAAAAUUUUUUGUAAUUUGUUCUUCUGCUGCAGAAAUUAUGAUUGAAACCAAAGCUUUAAAACAAAUUAAUUUGUACAUUUUUGAGACCAAUUUUAA